AUGUAAAUUUUGUUAUUUUUUAAACCGGAAAUCACGUGACUUAGCGGUGUUCGGUAAAACGAGUUCAGGGCGGAGCCAAUUAGAGAUCGGUGGUCGCAGGGCAGAAGGAGCGGCGAAGAACAAAGGCCAACAAAAUUUUCAGUGUCCUCCAUAAAUCAGUGCUGGAGAUGGCCAACACCAUCAGGUUUGGAACAUCAAGCGCUCCAUGCAAGACUGCUGCUGCUGAGCGGGCAACGGUUGCAGAGGAAAUUAAUGAAAAGGGAAACAGUGACCCGGAAAAAAUUCUGCAGUGCCCCUUUGACAAGAACCACCAGAUCAGGUCCUGCCGCUUCCCUUACCAUCUCAUAAAAUGCAGGAAGAAUCAUCCAAAACUGGCCAGCGAGCUUAAAACCUGCCCUUUUAAUGCUCGCCACCUGGUCCCCAAGCAGGAGCUGACCUACCACACUGAAACCUGUGAGGACAGAAUAUCUGUGGACACUGAAAAUGGUGGAACCACAAAUGGACACUGUAAAUGGCAGGUUCCAGUCAGCACUUGGGUCAACCAGAACAUGACUGAAGAUUGGGAUGAAGAAGCUGAUGAGGCUGCUACUCCAUUUGUGUGGGGUGUAAGCACAGUUCUAAAUGAAAAACAGGAGACAAGAUCCACCAACAACCUUGGGCCAAGUUUUAGAGCUCCCAAUACUCUCCCAUGGUCUGGGAUUUAAGUCAUUUACUUUUUAUAUUGUAUCGAGGUUGCUGCAAUUUUGUUUUUAGUCACCUGAAACUGUUAAGGCAUUUCCUUGCACGUCCUGUUGCAUAAACGAAUGGCACUGGUUUAAAUUUCUGUGCUUGUUUUAUUAAAGGUGUUUUUAUUUCAAA